AUGCGAAUCCAAGACGAGGGUGCCGCGGCGAGGGUCAAGGAAGCGAUAGGCGAGCUGAAGGUGAGCGAGGAUGAGGUGCGAGAGGCCGCGAAACGCGUCGCCGCGGAAGUCGCGGCCGGCUCCGCGGGAACGAAAAACAAACGGAGCGCGGCGGAGGAUGUCAUGGAGAAGUACGCGCGCGCGAUAGAGAACAUGCCGAUGGUGAAGCGCAAGCGCGACACGGACACGGACGAAUAA